GCAUUUCUCUUACUGAGGGAGCCAUAAUUUAAUAUUUUCAGAAUAGUAUGUUCAGAAAUCUCAACCAUAAUGUUGUAUUAAUAUAGUCUUUUAUUCAUUCUACUUUCACGGCUGGCUUCUCAGAGCAUGCUAUUUGUGCAUAAUUAACUAAGUGGCUCUUUGGAAAUAGACCAUAUUUAAAAUGUACAUGGACCAGUGAAGCAAAAGAAAAAAGUGGAGUCUUAUAGGAAACUAACAUUUUUUACUGCUUUGAACUAAGAAGCAUGCAGCUGCAACCAGUUCUGACACAUGCUGUUGUGUUGUACUUUUUAUAUCUAAACCAAUAAUUCCCUUUAACUCGUAAUAAAAUGUCAGUAAAAUGAGACUUUGCUAUUGGAGAAAACUUUUAUUCAGGAUUUUUAAAAUUCAGAAAAAUGCCAGAGGCUUGAUGAUCAUGGUUUGUACCAUGUAGGGUAACUAGUUUCAGUCUUUGGGGGUGGACUUGUUUGACCCUGGUACAGGUUGAAGUGCCUUGCUUUGCUCAAUGGUCACAUCUUCAGGUUGAUGUAGUAAUUGUCACUGAUGUGCUCCAAACAGGCCUCAGCCAGGCAGGUAGUUUAUAUAAUUGGUCUUCAGGUGGGAGAGAGGAAUAUGAGGUGAUCUGGACUUGACAGAAAUGCAGAGGACUGACUAUUCAUUCUGUCCAGUCUUUUGUCAGAAAAGUAAUCCAGUAUGGCAGGGAAAUAAAUUUAUUGUUCAUAGUAAAAAUAUUUUUCAAAUAAAAUAUCUCCAUUCCCCCAAUCUUAGUCAAUAGUCCAGUUUACUAGUAUGUAAUGAAAAUCUCUUCUUUAGAAUGUAAAUUCUGAGGUUUUUAAAACAAUAGUUAAAUUUUAAGUCUUUGCUUUAAACUUAUGUAUUUAAUACAUUCUAUUGUUGUAUCAUAUCAGCCCAUUAAAGUUUUAUUUCUAUAAUAAAUUUAGUCCACAAACUUCCAGAAUCUUAAUCCAGUUUCUGUAGUGGUGCCAGUACUUUAUUAGGGUGUGGAUGUUACCAGAAAGUUUUGAACUCCAUGAGACUGUCACUUGAAUCAAACAACUCAUAGAGGAAAAUCUGGUAAACUUUUUAUCCUCUGUCUGAAAAGCUCUAAUAAAUUAAUGGUGAACUAAAAGAUACUUUGGAAGCUUUGAUGGAUUUGUUCACUUCUGGUUCCCUACUCUGAAGUUACCUGACUUCUUCUGCUUCAAAACCUGCCUAAAAUAGAAGUACCUUGAUUCUUUUAUUAACAUGAAUGAGUGAGAUGAAUUAAAGUGCAGCAUAUGGAUUAUAGAACAUAGUCUAAUGCAUUCCAACACCUGGAAUAAUCUACUUCACGUCUUAGUAUCAGCAGAUACAAACCUGAAUGAGACUUCUCAUCUGAAUCUUGCCCUACUGAAUGUAUUUCCUCAUAGUUGUGGUUGACAGCCGUAUUACCUUGGGCUAUAUGAUCUCCUAAGACCCUAGAUUGCAAGAUGGGUCUAUAUUUGGAUGGAAACCCUCCAAGGAGAAAACAGGUACAGUUGGUGACUCAGUAGGUGGCGCUUCACCUCUUCAUCAGGAAUGCAUCAUGGCUGUAGAGGGCACUGUCAUGCUGAAGGUGCUGUAUUUCAGAUGAGAUGUAAAACUGGAAGCCAUAACUGCUUGUGAGAUCAAAAGAUGGCAUGUGAAUAGCAGUGUUAGUUCUGUAUCCUGGUGGAAUUCCAGUUUGGGUAAUUAAGUUCUGAAGAUCAAAAUAUUCUACUAUAGUGUCAACUAGAGGAAUUUUUUGCUUAAAAUUAAAACCUGCUAAAAUGUUUUAUAACAUUGCCAAUGGAGGAAGGCAGCUGGGUUAAACUCCAGCAGUUGCUCUAUUUCAGUAGUGAUACCUGUACUUUUGGUUCAUAAUGAGCAUUAGUCCUUCACGAUGAAACAUAAUUUAUAAAUGUAAAACUUACCCUUAUUACAUUCUUAUCUCUUGUCUUUAACACUUUGUUUUGUACAGCAGGAUAUGAGCCUUCUCCUAUGUCCGGGCUUUGGCCUCACACAGUAGGUGUAAUAUAAUCGCUGAGGUGGGCGUUCUGCAAGGAGAAUUAUUUUUGGAGGCUUUUGCAUGAAACUUGCCCAAUGAGUCUGAGACACCCAAGCACCAUUAAUUUUGGAGGAGUGGUUGUGGAACAAGAUGGAACAUUGCAUGAGACCAAUAGUGUCCAUGGGCUGCACUUCCAUAUUAAAGAAACUAUGUUCCAACUUCCUGUCAACAACCUUGGCAGUUUAAGAAAAGCCCGGAAAACUGUGAAAAAAAUACUUAGUGACAUUGGUUUGGAAUACUGUAAAGAACAUAUAGAAGAUUUUAAGCAGUUUGAACCUAAUGACUUUUAUUUGAAAAACACUACGUGGGAAGAUGUAGGAUUGUGGGAUCCAUCGCUUACAAAAAAUCAGGACUAUCGGACAAAACCCUUUUGCUGCAGUGCAUGUCCAUUUUCGUCGAAGUUCUUUUCAGCCUAUAAAAGUCACUUCCGGAAUGUUCAUAGUGAAGACUUUGAAAAUAGGAUUCUUCUUAAUUGUCCCUACUGUACUUUCAAUGCGGACAAAAAGACUUUGGAAACGCACAUUAAAAUAUUUCAUGCUCCAAAUGCCAAUACACCGAGUGGAGGCAUCAGCACUUUCAAAGAUAAAAACAAACAUGAUAGCCUUAAACCUAAGCAGGCUGACAGUGUAGAACAAGCUGUUUAUUAUUGUAAGAAGUGCACUUACCGAGAUCCUCUAUAUGAAAUAGUUAGAAAGCACAUUUACAGGGAACAUUUUCAGCAUGUUGCUGCACCUUACGUAGCAAAGGCAGGUGAAAAGUCACUCAAUGGUGCAGUUCCCUUAAGUUCCAGUACCCGAGAGGAGGGUAGUAUUCACUGCAAACGAUGCCUUUUUAUGCCGAAGUCAUAUGAAGCUUUAGUACAGCAUGUUAUUGAAGACCAUGAACGUAUAGGAUAUCAGGUUACAGCAAUGAUAGGGCACACUAAUGUAGUGGUUCCAAGAUCCAAACCUUUGAUGCUAAUAGCUCCAAAACCACAGGAUAAAAAGCCUAUGGGACUUCCUCAAAGGAUGGGUCCCCUGUCCCCUGGAAAUGUCCGAUCUCUUCCAUCACAGCAGAUGAUGAAUCGACUCACUAUACCAAAGCCUACAUUGAAUUCUGCAGGAGUGAAUAUGAUGUCAAAUGUUCACCUACAACAGAACAAUUAUGGAGUCAAAUCAGUACCACCAAGUUAUGUUGGACAGCCGGGGGGAAGGCUAAACUUAAGUGGUAAUGCACCAGUGUCUAUUCCACAACAGUCUCAAACAAUGAAACAGUUUUCACCGAGUGGAAAUGGAAGGCCUUAUACCCUUGGAGGGGAGCAGAGAUCUCAGACUCCAGCAAGGUACUCUCUUCAGUCUGCCAAUUCCUCUUCUCUUUCAUCAGCCCAGUUGAAACAAACGUCAUUAUCUCCGUCUCAGGCAGCAUCAAGAGUAUUAGGUCAGUCUGGCUCAAAGCCUCCUGUGGCUGCUACAGGCCCUUCUGCUGUCAAUACUUCAUCAACACAAAAGUGGAAAAUUUGUACAAUCUGUAAUGAGCUGUUUCCUGAAAACGUGUACAGUGUUCACUUUGAAAAGGAGCACAAGGCUGAAAAGGUGCCUGCAGUAGCUAACUAUAUAAUGAAAAUACACAAUUUCACUAGCAAAUGUUUAUACUGUAAUCGCUAUUUACCCACUGAUACGUUGCUUAAUCAUAUGUUAAUCCAUGGACUGUCUUGUCCAUACUGCCGUUCAACUUUCAAUGAUGUUGAAAAGAUGGCUGCUCAUAUGCGAAUGGUUCAUGUUGAUGAAGAAAUGGGACCUAAAACUGAUUCCACUUUAACCUUUGAUUUGACAUUGCAGCAGGGUAGUCACACUAAUAUACAUCUACUUGUAACCACCUACAAUCUGAGAGAUGCCCCUGCUGAAUCUGUAGCUUAUCAUGCUCAGAAUACUCCUCCUGUUCCUCCAAAACCACAGCCGAAAAUCCAGGAGAAGGCAGAUAUACCUGUGAAAAGUUCUCCUCAAGCAGCAGUCCCCUACAAAAAAGAUGUGGGUAAAACACUCUGCCCUCUCUGCUUUUCAAUCCUAAAAGGACCCAUAUCUGAUGCACUCGCACAUCACUUAAGGGAGAGGCAUCAAGUUAUUCAAACAGUUCAUCCAGUUGAGAAAAAGCUAACAUAUAAAUGCAUUCAUUGUCUUGGUGUGUAUACCAGUAAUAUGACUGCCUCAACUAUAACGCUACACCUUGUUCACUGCAGAGGGGUUGGGAAGACCCAAAACGGCCAAGACAAAGCUAAUGCACCAUCUCGACUAAAUCAGUCUCCAGCUGUAGCACCUGUGAAACGUACUUAUGAACACAUGGAAUUCUCUCUGAUGAAGAAAAGAAAAAUGGAUGAUGAUGACUCGCCAUCUGCCUUUGAAGAGAAGCCUGAAGAACCUGUAGUUUUAGCUUUAGACCCUAAAGGUCAUGAAGAUGAUUCUUAUGAAGCCAGAAAAACAUUUCUCACAAAAUAUUUCAAUAAACAACCUUAUCCCAGUAGGAGAGAAAUUGAAAAAUUGGCUGCCAGUUUAUGGCUAUGGAAAUCAGAUAUUGCUUCACAUUUUAGCAACAAAAGAAAGAAAUGUGUUAGAGAUUGUGAAAAGUACAAGCCUGGUGUGCUGCUUGGUUUUAACAUGAAAGAAUUAAACAAAGUUAAACACGAAAUGGAUUUUGAUGCUGAAUGGCUGUUUGAAAAUCAUGAUGAAAAGAAUUCCAGAGUCAAUGCUAGUAAAACUGUUGAUAAAAAAAUAAACCUAGAAAAAGAUGAUGAAAGUUCUUCAGACAGUUAUGAAAAUAUAGAAGAGGAAUCUAAUGAAAGCAAUAGUCCAUUUGGUCAACCAAUUUCAGAUGUUGGUCGUAAAACCUCUAUUGAUAGCAUAAUAGAGAAUCCAGAAGACAGCAUAUCCAAGGAGACUACUGAUGAAAAUCCCUUACAGUCUCCAGAGAAAUCAGACCAAAAACAGGAGGAAGGCUCAAAAUAUGAAGAGAUUCAUUCUGCCAAGGAACCAAUUAAACUGGUAGGUGAUGCCUCAGAUAGUGAAGGUGAUCAAGAAGAUCAAGAUGAUGCUGCUGAAUGGAAAGAUGGAGCUUCACAGUCUGAAAGUGGACCUGGCUCUCAGCAAGUUUCUGACUUUGAAGACAAUACAUCAGAGGUGAAACCAGAAGUUUGGACAGAUGAAUCAUCCCAGAGCGAAGAUGCUGGUAGUAGUAAACCAGCUGCAGAAAUAAAAGGGGUUGCAUCUGAAAGCGAUGAAGAGCAAUCAAAAUGGAAGAAUAGUUCCUAUGGAAAAGUAGAAGAAUUUUGGUCUAAGGACCAGUCACAAUGGAAAAAUGCAUCAGAAAUUGAGGAGAGUUUGUCAAAUCAGCAGAUGGAAUGGCAGAAUAGCACAAUUGACAGCGAAGAUGGAGAUCAGUUUGACAAUGUGACUGAUGGUGUAGCAGAACCAAUGCAUAGCAGCUUAACUGGUGUAGAGUUGAGUAGCCAGCAAGCAUAAGCUGCUCAAUUCAGAAGCAUGAGUAAAUGUGCUUCAAGCUACAACUGUCUAAAUACUUUCAUUUCAAUAUGACUGCUAAGCUUAAUUCUAACUGGUACUGCCUUUUGAGUGCUAGGUCAUCUGGCUAGUGGUUGAUGUGGCCACUAAUAUUCCAGUGGUUAUUCCUGAGUAUGCUGUUGGCUAAAUUUGCUUGAGAAUACCUACUGUGAUGAGCACAGUAACUUAAUGUGAAAACAGAUAAGCUGGUGGCUCCAGAAUGCACACGAAGAAAAGCAGAGGUUUUCUUUAUCUGCAUUUUCAACAUUUAUUUCACUCUUGGAUAUGUUCAGUUGUAUGUCUUUUUAAACAUUACCCUUUUUCACAUGGUAGUAUAGGGCCAACAUGAGCUACCAGUUCAAUGUGUAUAGUAGACUAUGGGGAAAUUGAUUUUUUUCAUGUAUCAUUCUGAAUAGUUGAAAUGUAUAUUUGUACAGUCUUUUAGACCUAUUCAAGUGAAGCUUAUGAAAUUGUUCUUGUGUACCCAUCAUAGAUUUGUUUCUCUUUUUUAGUGUUGCCCUGCUGUGUAAUAAAUGCUGUAUCUAGUUUACCUAGCAAAAGCUUGAAACUGCUAUAGUAUGAAUUUUGACAAACUUAGUUUUUGCACAUAACCUUGUACAAUCUCAAAACUGAGGCCAGCAACAUAAAAAAUUAUAUCUGGACUCUAUUGUAUUAUAGAAUUUUCUUGUUCUGAAUAUCCUUGACAUUACAACUGAUGACAAACGUAUUUCAGAGCCAUUUUCUGAAAUCUUUUAAGCUAAAAAAGAAAAAAUCACAUGCAAGAAACAAGUUUGCAGCUACUAAUUUUGACACCUUUUAGAUCUGUAUAAAAGUGUAUUGUGUUGAAGCAGCAUACAGAAAUAAAAAUGCUGCAUUUUGGAUAUUUAGUUUUAUCUUUAGUUAACACCAACAAGGUGUUGUAUUCAUUUAUACCAUCUAAUAUAUGACACACUGUUGUAGUAUGUAUAAUUUUGUGAUCUUUAUUUCCCUUUGUAUUCUUCAUUUAAGCAUCUAAAUAAAUUGCUGUAUUGUG